AUGAAGCUGACCACACUGACAGGAAUCCACGAGCAAGAACAAAGUGAUACAGAACAACGUGAGAAAAAUCACCCAGACCCGGAACAACGUGAGACAGAACGCCGCGACCCAAAACAACGUGAGACAGAACCCCGCGACCCAGAACAACGUGAGACAGAACCCCGCGACCCAGAACAACGUGAGACAGAACACUCCGACCAAGAACAACGUGAGACAGAACCCUCCGACCAAGAACAACGUGAGACAGAACCCUCUGACCAAGAACAACGUGAGACAGAACACUCCGACCAAGAACAACGUGAGACAGAACACCAAGACCCAAAACAACGUGAGACAGAACACCCCGACCCAGAACAACGUGAUACAGAAGCCCGCGAUCCAGAACGUGUGACAGAACACCGAGAACCAGAGCCCAGCGACUCAGAACAACGUGAGACAGGCGCCUUCGACACAGAACAACGUGAGACAGAACACUUCGACCCACAACAACGUGAGACAGAGGCCGCGACCCAGAACAACGUGAUACAAAGACACGCCUCUCAGAACAACGUGAGACGUAGCCCUGCCACUCAGAACAACGUGAGACAGGCGCCUGCGACCCAGAACAACGUGAGACAGAGCCCCGCGACUCAGAACAACGUGAGACAGAACCCUCCGACCAAGAACAACGUGAGACAGAACACUCCGACCAAGAACAACGUGAGACAGAACCCUCCGACCAAGAACAACGUGAGACAGAACACUCCGACCAAGAACAACGUGAGACAGAACACUCCGACCAAGAACAACGUGAGACAGAGCCCUGCCACUCAGAACAACGUGAGACAGGCGCCUGCGACCCAGAACAACGUGAGACAGAGCCCCGCGACUCAGAACAACGUGAGACAGAACCCUCCGACCAAGAACAACGUGAGACAGAACACUCCGACCAAGAACAACGUGAGACAGAACCCUCCGACCAAGAACAACGUGAGACAGAACCCUCCGACCAAGAACAACGUGAGACAGAACACUCCGACCAAGAACAACACAGAACACCCCGACCCAGAACAACGUGAUACAGAAGCCCGCGACCCAGAACGUGUGACAGAACACCGAGAACCAGAGCCCAGCGACUCAGAACAACGUGAGACAGGCGCCUUCGACACAGAACAACGUGAGACAGAACACUUCGACCCACAACAACGUGAGACAGAGGCCGCGACCCAGAACAACGUGAUACAAAGACACGCCUCUCAGAAUAACGUGAGACGUAGCCCUGCCACUCAGAACAACGUGAGACAGGCGCCUGCGACCCAGAACAACGUGAGACAGAGCCCCGCGACUCAGAACAACGUGAGACAGAACCCUCCGACCAAGAACAACGUGAGACAGAACACUCCGACCAAGAACAACGUGAGACAGAACACCAAGACCCAAAACAACGUGAGACAGAACACCCCGACCCAGAACAACGUGAGACAGAGCCCUGCCACUCAGAACAACGUGAGACAGGCGCCUGCGACCCAGAACAACGUGAGACAGAGCCCCGCGACUCAGAACAACGUGAGACAGAACCCUCCGACCAAGAACAACGUGAGACAGAACACUCCGACCAAGAACAACGUGAGACAGAACACCAAGACCCAAAACAACGUGAGACAGAACACCCCGACCCAGAACAACGUGAGACAGAGCCCUGCCACUCAGAACAACGUGAGACAGGCGCCUGCGACCCAGAACAACGUGAGACAGAGCCCCGCGACUCAGAACAACGUGAGACAGAGCCCCGCCACUCAGAACAACGUGAGACAGGCGCCUGCGACCCAGAACAACGUGAGACAGAGGCCGCGACUCAGAACAACGUGAGACAGAGCCCCGCCACUCAGAACAACGUGAGACAGAGCCCCGCCACUCAGAACAACGUGAGACAGAGACCCGCGACUCAGAACAACGUGAGACAGA